AAAUCUAUUAUGCUCUUGAUCCUUAAAGCCUUUGAAGAUAUUUAAUCUGUGACAGAUAUCUUGUCAGGUUGGUAGUAUGUGCAAACAAGACUUUAGUGUAAUUUAUGUCUGAGAGAUAGAGCCUUAUUUCAAUAGUCUAUGAAAAAAUUGUAUAGAGUAUAGUGACAGUCAUAUCUUUGCUAGUGUGUUCUAGAAGUGAAGACACUUUGUGCUGUUAUAAAAAUCUAUAAAAUGAAUUUAUUUUCAUUAUCUCUUCUGCUGAUUUCUUUGGCUGGCUGUAUCGUGAUGUCAAUCUCAAUGGUAGAGGCUACCAAAAAUUCCAAAGCUGACAGUCAGCUGCCUUUAUACUAUGGCUGGUUUGUUAAACCUGAGUAUUCUUCCAGUUUCUUGAGCAAAAGUCACAAACUUUUGGCAGACACUCUACAAGAAAUUCCAAAUUUCUUGAAAGAUGUACAGAACUUUACUCAAAAAGUGUACAUAUCUGACAUUUUACUACAUUACACAAGAGAAAAUCCAGAAGAAGUCCUUCACUGUACCGCAAUGUAUAAUGGAGUUUACCCCAACUACAGUCCUGGGGCUGAAGAGUACUCUGAAAAACAACUGGUGAAGGAUAGUGUAAACCAGGUUUCUACCCUGCAUUCUAUUGGCUGGAUAUUGACACCCCGCACCUUCGGUGCCCGUAUCAAAUUGACAAAUGAUCAACUCUUGCUUUGGAAUCAAAACGACACGGAAGGAAACCCUCCGCAAUCGGCAGUGAAUGCAAAGAAGCCAAUCUCUCCCGUUACCUAUUACCAACGUUCCAUAACAUUUAAGGAAAACUCUACAGAUCAAGACCCCGACGUUAUGGGAAAUUUUCAGCCAACAUCCGGUUAUGGCAGCAAGGCACAUUUGACAUUAGGCUGCUCCCCUGGAGUCGCGGCUGUUACAACAGGUUACGAUCUUGUCGAUCUGAUUCGUUUGGAAGGUACCAAUAGUAGCGAAGUAAAGACCUAUGAUCUGUCAAAUGGAGGGUGGCUAAGAAAUUACGGGGAAGGACAAUGGGUUUUCUACCCAACCAAACAGUUUUUACUCGAGAGUACAUUUCUUGGUUAUGGUAGCGGUACUCGUGGACUAGAAGCAUCAUUUGCUUUACUAUGUCUGUUAUGUUCCUCUGCUAUAAUUUCCAUGUUCAAAGAGCUAUCGUAAAUGUGGUUCUACAGGAAGCAUUUUAGAUUUUGGCUUGACGUUUACUUUUUGUGGCAUGUCAUGUGAUUGAUUGUGAGGAAAUAACAUUAGAAAGGGGUACAAAUGUG